AUGUUUUUACGUCUUCGUCGACGGCCUUUAUAUAUUUAUUUUAUUGAUGAUAAUGAAACAAAUGAGGAAAAUCUUCUUAAUACAUCAAAACCUCAAAAUGUAAAUUAUCAAAUGACAAAUGCACAACGACCAUCCGUUCAUUCACCAAAUUUCGAACAAGAUGAAUUACUAAACGACGAUCGACAUGAACGUACUGGUUCUGUUAAAUUUGCUGAUCAAGCUGAAGCAAGCAAAGAAAGUUCAUUACAGCGACAUAAUACUCCACAUCCAAAAGAUUUACGAACAUGGAAAAAUAAAAUGGCAAAAAAGUAUCAAACUGAUGGAAAUUUACUUCAUCAUGAUCAUCAGCAUCCAUUUCAGCCAAAUGCUCAUGGACAUAGUGAUUUCAAACGUUCAUCUAUUUCAUCAAAUACAUCAGGAUCACAACUGAAUCAAACUACUACAGAUUCACCAAAUAUUGCACAAGAAUCAAUUAAUUAUAUUCCACCUGAUUUAUCUUUAGAUGAUCGUCGUCAUUCUAAUAAUGAAUAUGAUGAUAAUGAAAUGAACUAUUUUGAAAAACAUGUUGAAUUUACAGAUGAUUUGAAUAAUGAUAAUAAUAUAAAAGAAACAUCUAAUCAACAAAAACUUCAUCGACGUGAUACACCACAUCAUUUAAAAAAUAAACGUAUUAUUAAUAAAAAUGAUGAUCCAUUUGCAAUUGAUCAAAUUAUGUCACAUAGUCCAACUAAAUCAUCAAUAACAAGUGGAGGAAAAGAAUCGAUAUCAUCAUCUGUACAAAAUAAUACUCGAUCAAUGACAGUUCAUCAUGAACAAAUAGUAUUAAAUGUUCAUCGGUCACCUAAUACUGGUCUUGGUAUUAGUAUUGCUGGUGGAACUGGCUCUGCAGCUUACAAAGAUAAUGACUAUGGUAUAUUUUUAACUAAAGUCACUGAAGAAGGUCCAGCAGGUCAAGCUGGUUUACUUGUUGGUGAUAAACUAAUAUCUGUAAAUGGAAUAUCAUUAAUAAAUUCUGAACAUGGUAAAGCUGUAUCUGCUUUAAAAAAUGCCGGUGAUAAUAUUGAAAUGAUUGUAAUACGUGAAAUUUUACAACCAUCUGAUGAUAAUUUAAUAAAUAAUGAAAGUUCUUCAACAAAAGAAAGUGAAAAAUAUGCAACAAUAAUUCAACGUAAUGAUAAACAAGAUGAACAAUUUGGUUCUUCUACUGCUGAUGACAAUCAAAUAACAACGACAAAUGGAAAUGAAAAUAUUUAUAUAUCAAAAAUCAACAAUCAAGAUACAAGAAAUUCUUUAUCUAUUGGUGAUCAUCGUUUAUCAAUAAAUGAUCAUGUUGCAACUAAUAUAAGUCAUGAACAAGCUAUUGAUGCUAUGAAUAAUGGAAAAAAUAAUGUUGAAUUAACAAUUUAUCGAGAACAAAUUACUAAUGGAAAUUCGAAUUCAUCAUCAACAAUCAUUGAUAAUACAGUUGAAGAAGUACAUGUAGAGAAAGGAAAUGGACCAAUGGGUUUAAGUAUUGUGGGUGGUACUGAUCAAGCAUGUCCACCAUUUGGUAUUGAACAACGUGGUGUUUUUGUAUCAAAAAUUCUUCCCAAUGGUUCAGCUUCUCGAACAAACCUUCGAAUUGGUGAUCGAAUAUUAAAAGUAAAUAAUCGUGAUGUAUCACAAGCAACACAUUUAGAAGCUGUACAAGCACUUUUACAACCUACAAAUGAAGUUAUUUUACUUGUAUGUCAUGAACCACAACCAUCAGGAUUAAAAGAAGUAACAUUAACAAGACAAUCAAAUGAGCCACUUGGUAUUCGAAUAAAUGGUGGUGUUGAUGGUAAACAUAUAAAUCCAGAUGAUCCAGAAGAUGAUGGAAUAUUUGUUACAGAAGUAAAAGAUGGUAGUCCAGCAUCGGGUAUUCUAACAGUUGGUACACGAAUACUAGAGCGAUGGUUUUGUUUAUCAGAUAAAUCAUCAUUUUUAAGUAAUACAUCAUCAUCAUCACUAUCGACACCUGUUGAUGAUGUUUCAAUAAAAGAUUAUUGUGAAACAAGUUUAGACGAUAUUGUACAUUUAAAUGGAAUAAUAACAUUUGAAGAUUUAUCAAAACAUAUCAAACAUUCAAAAUCAAGUGGAUAUAUAAAAAGAAAAAAACAUUGUUUAAAAAAACGUAAAAAAAGACGAACAAAAUCAUGUUGUCUAUUAACAUUAUGUAGUUCAGCGAAGAAAAAUUUGAAUCGAAAUAAAAAAGAUGUUACAUUUACUAAACAAAUUUUUGCUCCAAUUGUUACAUUAAAAGAUUUGAUAUCAAGUUCAUUUUCUUUAUCAUCAUCAUUAUCAUUACCAAAUGAUGAUAAACCAGUUGCACCAUUACAUGAUUCACCAUUAUCUUCAACAAUAGUGAAUGAAACACCACAAUCAUCAUGUAAAUCUUUAAUAUUUGAUCCACCCUUAUCAAUAAUUUCAACACCAAAAUCUUUUCUUGUACAUUCUUAUACAUCUGUAUCAAAUUAUCAUAUAAAACCAAGUAUGAAUGUACGUCAACAUUCGCUUGAAGAAGAAAUUCAUAAUGAAGAAUGUAUUUAUUGUUCAAAUGAAAAUGUUUUAUCAUUAAAAAUUGAUUCAAAUAAUAAUAAUAGUAAUAAUAAUAACUUUGAAAAUUUAUCACUUCAAUCAAUAAAUCUUUUACAUGCUAUUGAAAUGUAUUUAUCAUCAAAUAAUUCAUCCUAUGAAUUAUUUGAUUUAUCAUCAAUAUCAUCUGAACAACAUGUUACAGUACAAGAAACAAAACAAUUAAAUUUAUGUGAAAUCAAUGAAAUUAUUUAUGCUAUUCAUUCUGAUAUUGAAAAUGAUAAUGAACGUAAUGAAAUACUUGAUUCUCUUGCAACAUCAUUACGAGAAGUAGCUGACGAAACACCACUUGUUAGACAAGAACAACAAGCAAUAGUUGCUCCUGCUGAUUUACCAGAACAACCUCCUAGAUUUGGUCAGAUUUUAGUUCGAGCGAUUAUUUUAUUUGGUGCUCAUUUGGAUGAUGCUCAAAAAUGGCUUAGCAUGCCAAAUGAAAAUAUUAAUUUACUUAUUUGUCAUGGAUUUAAAUCAAAAGAAUUGACUUCUGUGAAUAGUCCAAUUUAUAAUAAAAAUAAUCAAACGAAACCAAAUGAUGCUAUAUCACCUGCAGUUCCUACUCGGUCUAUAUUAACACAACAACAGAUUUCACCGAUAUUAUCAACAAAACCGAAUGGAGUAUUAAAUUCAUCAUCUUCGAAAAAUGUAUCAAUAUCACCGAAAGUGAUUAGUCCAAAUUCUCAACCACCACCACCACCACCACCUGUUCCUGUUAAACCAAAAUUUCAUCCAUUGAAUGCACAAUUUGUACCAUUUAAUGGUGAUAAUCAAAUAACAACAACAACAACAACAAUGAAAUAUCCUUCAUCUUCUCCACGAAUACAACCACAAAAUGGUUUUGAAGUUGAUGAUCUUGAUAUAUCUGUAAAUGAAUCAGAAAAAUCUUUUAAUGAUAAAAAAAAAUUUUUUGAAAGUGGUUUUAAAGAGUCUGGACCAAAACCAAAACCUCGACAAUUUAAAUAUAUUAAUGAACAUGAAUUAUUACAAAUGAAACGAGAAGAAGGUAAAUUUUAUACAAUUGUUCAAGUUCUUAACAUCAUCUAA